GUUGAGUGGGCACGGGGAGUGGGUCAGGGCCACCCCAGUGGGACCGAGCACCUGCCACGGGAAAGGGUCCCGGAGGGAGCCAGGAGCGUCAGGAUACGGCCGGGAAGAGUUAGGGGGAGCAGGGUGCUGGGUCACCCCUUGGAGCCGGGGUCCUGAUGCGGCCCCCAACUCGCAGAGCCAUGCAGGAGGAGCUGGGCCAUCCCCAACCCCUCUGGGACUGAGCUGGGACACCCGUGGACUGGGCAGCACAGAGUUGGCUCCAGCCAUGGGGUGCCUGUGGCAGCUCCCCUGCGCCUGCACGCUGCCGGUCCUGCUGCUCACACUCCUGAUGCUUCGGGUGCGAGCGACACAUCCCGACUGCUCCGUUGUCCUCUAUUUCCAAGAGCAAGAAGCUGAAUGUCUGGAGAUUAUCAGGAGUGAAAGCCAAAUGUCAGCCCCCCCCAGAUCCCUGGGGCAGCAAGGCUGCCCGACUGAGUGGGAUGGAGUGAGCUGCUGGUCAGCCGUGCCCAUCGGCCAGUCCCGAGCUGUCACCUGCCCUGACAUCCUCGUCUUCAAGAAGUCCAAAGCGCUGAUCUGGAGGAACUGCACUGAGUCAGGAUGGAGCUUCCCCAGCCCCACCUACUACAAUGCCUGCGAGCUGGAGGCCAUCGGCAGCAAUAAUGACACCGAAGCCAAGAAAGGCUAUUUUGUCACCAUGAAAGUGCUUUACACCUGCGGCUACUCCACAUCCCUGGCAGCCCUGUUCUUGGCCAUUGGCAUCUUCUCCUGCUUCAGGAAGCUGCAUUGCACCAGGAACUCCAUCCACAUCCACUUCUUCACCUCCUUCAUACUGCGCGGGGCCGCCGUGUUCAUCAAGGAUGCCGUCCUCUUCUCGGACGAGUCCAUUGACCACUGCACGAUGUCAACGGUGAACUGUAAAGCAGCCAUCGCCUUCUUCCAGUACUCGGUCCUGGCCAACUUCUACUGGCUGCUGGUGGAGGGCAUGUACCUGCAGACCCUGCUGCUGCUCACCUUCACUUCUGACAAGAGGUACAUCUGGUGGUACAUCCUCAUCGGCUGGGGUGUCCCCAUGCUGACAGUCUGCGUGUGGGUGGUCACCAGGCUGCAGUACGACAACCACGGGUGCUGGGAUGACUACACCAGUCUCUACUGGUGGGUAAUCAAGGUGCCCAUCCUCCUGGCCAUAUUUGUGAACUUCCUCAUCUUCCUCAACGUCACCAGGAUGUUAGCACAGAAGAUCCGGUCCCCAGACAUCAGCAAAAACUACAAGCAGCAGUACAUGAGGCUGACGAAGUCCACACUGCUCCUCAUCCCUCUCUUUGGGGUGCACUAUGUGGUGUUUGCGCUCUUCCCCGAGCACAUCGGUGUGGACGCCCGGCUAUACUUCGAGCUGGUCCUUGGCUCCUACCAGGGGUUCCUAGUGGCUCUGCUUUACUGCUUCCUGAAUGGAGAGGUCCAGGCUGAGAUCAAGAGGAACUGGGGCAAGUGGCAGUCGUCCAUGGAGAGCAACGUCUUCAACCUGGCGACCCAAGACUUCACAGCGUGACAAGGAGAGCGCUUGGGGGGAAAUACUUCCCGGAGGAUGGGGGGGGGGGGGCAGCUCCACAGCUACGGUCCCAGAAAAACAAUAAAAAAGAUUUUGUAGGUUCUGGGGCUGGCAUCGUCAGAGAGUGGCGUGAAUGGUCAUUGGGAAAGGCUCUGCCUGCUCAGGUGCUGGUGGCUCUCAUGGAUCCCUGCAACGGUGUCUUGCCCGCCCAAAGCUCUCUGCACAGCUUGGUCGGUGUUUUAGGCAAAGGGAAGAGAGCUUCUACACCUUUUCUGCCCCAGGACUGAGUAGGAAACACAAAUAUCAUUUCACAAAGGACAUCUGGCAUUUUUCAUUUGGCACUGGAAUGAAAACUGAGGCAGCUCCAGUACUGAAGGGAUUUUUUUCCCCUCCUUCCUUGGCUUACAAAAUAGUUUCCCUUAUGGGAAGAUGCCUGGACACAGACCAUAGGAGCCAUUCUGGGAGUGGAAGAAGCAAAUGCAGAGACAGACAAAACCCCACAGCUAUCUACGUGAGACCCCCAAUGGUGUCAUGACUCAGAUACUCCCCUGAUAUCCAAAAUGUUUCCCUUUCUCCUGUGCCAGUUGCUUCAGCUGCUCUCGGUGCCCAGGAAGACGGUCCAUCACCCUUGCCAUGCCAGCUCGGAGGGGCUCUGCAGCUCUCCCAGGGGCUUUGCACCAGAGGGAUGGGAGGGUUUG